UAGAGCGGACGUUUCCCGCUGCGGCUGGGCUCGGGCUUCGCCUCUGCUCCCGCAGCUCCUGCGGAUCGGGCUAGCGCUCUGGCCGGGUUUCGGCCAUCUCUGAUUGCAGGGGCUGCUGCCGCCAGCCCGCUGCUCUCGGCGUGGCCAUGAGGAGGCGGCGGCGGCCGCUGCGGCCUGUGUCAAGGUGACCGGUCGGGACUGCAGUGGCCCCGACCACGACAGCGGCUCCGACACCGAUAGCGGCCCCCGGGCCCAGCGCAGGAGAGCGAGAAGAACUUUCUGUUUUGAAAGAAACAUGCCCUAAUCCUGCACCUGGUAAAUUGGCAAUAUGCACAGCAAUGUAGAUGAUAGGAAUCCUCCCUGCAUUUUGUGUCACCAGCUGAGGUGGCCCUGACACCCCCCCUACCCCUGAGGUCUGGAGAGAGCAUGUAUAAACGGAAUGGCCUGAUGGCCAAUGUUCUGGUCACUUCCGCGACUCCCCAGGGCAGCAGUAGCUCAGACUCUUUGGAAGGACGGAGCUGUGACUACGCCAGUAAGAGCUAUGAUGCUGUUGUCUUUGAUGUAUUGAAAGUAACUCCUGAGGAGUUUGCUAGCCAGAUUACGCUAAUGGAUAUCCCAGUAUUCAAAGCUAUACAGCCAGAGGAAUUAGCCAGCUGUGGAUGGAGCAAGAAAGAAAAACACAGCCUCGCCCCUAAUAUUGUGGCCUUUACGAGGAGAUUUAACCAGGUCAGUUUUUGGGUCGUGCGGGAGAUUCUGACAGCACAGACUUUAAAAAUCAGAGCAGAAAUCCUGAGCCAUUUUGUGAAGAUAGCAAAGAAACUUCUGGAACUCAACAAUCUUCAUUCUCUCAUGUCUGUGGUAUCAGCAUUACAGAGUGCACCCAUUUUUAGACUGACAAAAACAUGGGCUCUUUUGAAUCGAAAAGACAAGACCACUUUUGAGAAGCUGGAUUACUUAAUGUCUAAGGAAGAUAAUUAUAAGAGAACUCGGGAGUACAUCCGGAGCCUAAAGAUGGUCCCCAGCAUUCCCUAUUUAGGAAUUUAUCUUCUGGAUUUAAUCUACAUUGAUUCUGCAUACCCAGCUUCAGGAAGCAUCAUGGAAAAUGAACAAAGAUCUAAUCAGAUGAACAAUAUUCUGCGAAUAAUAGCUGAUUUACAAGUCUCCUGUAGCUAUGAUCACCUCAUAACGUUACCACAUGUACAAAAGUAUUUGAAGUCUGUUCGCUAUAUCGAAGAGCUUCAGAAGUUUGUCGAAGAUGACAAUUACAAGUUAUCUCUGAGAAUUGAACCAGGAAGCUGUUCUCCCCGAUUGGUGUCUUCGAAGGAGGACCUCGCAGGUCCCUCAGCUGUGUCAGGUGCCAUGAGAUUCAGCCGGAGACCAACCUGUCCUGAUACUUCGAUUGCUGCCAGCCUCCCCACACCCCCUGUCCCACGUCACAGGAAGAGCCACAGCCUGGGAAACAAUAUGAUGUGUCAGUUCAGUGUAGUUGAGAGUAAAAGUGCAACGUUCCCAUCGGAGAGACCUCGUCACCUGCUGGAUGACAGUGUUCUAGAGCCCCACAGUCCAGGCAGGGGCCAGGGCCGGGGCCUGCCCCUCACCUCCUCUGCUGCCACCAAUGGACUCUCCUUAGGCAGUAGUGAAAGCUCAGAGUUUAGUGAAGAGCUGUCUUCAGGGCUGGAAAGCCGGGGUCGACUAUAUGCUACCUUGGGACCCAAUUGGCGGGUUCCAGUUCGGAACUCUCCCAGGACCCGGAGCUGUGUCUACAGUCCCACAGGACCAUGCAGCUGUGCACUGGGGAACUCAGCCGGGGUCAUUACCAUGGAAGGUCCUUUGAAAAGAAAAACAUUACUCAAGGAAGGACGAAAGCCUGCGCUUUCCUCGUGGUCGAGAUACUGGGUAACACUAUCAGGAUCAACUCUGCUAUACUUUGGAGCAAAAUCUUUACGGGGUACUGACAGAAAACAUUAUAAAUCCACACCUGGAAAAAAAGUCUCCAUUGUUGGAUGGAUGGUACAGUUACCUGAUGAUCCUGAGCAUCCUGAUAUUUUCCAGUUGAAUAAUCCUGACAAAGGCAAUGUUUACAAGUUUCAGACUGGCUCCAGAUUGCACGCAAUACUGUGGCACAAGCACUUGGAUGAUGCAUGUAAAAGCAACAGGCCUCAGGUACCUACUAACCUUAUGUCAUUCGAAUAAGCAGCUGCACAAUGCUUGAUGUGACACAAAAGUGCCAAACUGCAGGAUGGAGGAAAACUACCAAUACACACAGUUAGAGAAGAUCAUUCUUUGGGAGCCAGCUGCCAAAUAAUACCAUACCCACACUCAGCUGUGCAACUGCAAAGUGAUUCUGAUGAGCGCAUGAGUGUCCCAUGCAGUGACUUCCUCCUUCCUACUGGCUAUAAGAAACCAUUGAACUCUGCUGCAGGACCCCAGAAGCUGGGUUAACUUGUGGCCACCAAUAAUCCCGGACAAUUGCUAACCCUAGACCAGGCAUCCCAUCCUUUGCCUGUCCUUUUAUAAACAAUUCUUUUUAUGGUGAAGCUGCUUUCUGUGACUGAAGAACAUUUGGCCCAUGUUGGGUUUUCAAUUCUUUCUAAUGCACAAAGACAACAAGCAGUGUUCACUUGCUGCAAAGUGUCCAUUAGAGUAGACGUCAUGGAACACCAUUUUUAUAACCUAAGUGCACUGAGUUGCUUAGCAAUGUGGCUGCCUCUGAUUUUGUAUAACACACACACAUACACACACUCACACACACCCUCAUACACACACUACCCAGACAUUUCCACCGUGUGUGAGCUAUUUGGGAAACAUGUAUUUUGGCACCAGAUUUGCAACCUAACUCACUUCAUUUGAUUGGAAGGAACUGCUUUUUAAACUUACAUUACAAUGCUGUCCAGGUAAGGUAAAAGGUCACCACUGAAGGUCUUUAAGCUCUUGCACUGUAUGAGGAGACUGAGUUGGACAAGAUGCCCCCAGAGGUCCCUUCUGACUCUGACGUCCUGUGAUUCUUUUGAGAUUUUCAAUUCAUUUUGAUUUAAUGUUCCCCUUGGGUUCUGUAACUAUACACAAUUAAUGCCUUAAAUCGCAUAUUGUUUUCUUUGACUAUGGGUGCUAUUCCUCUGUAAAGCCUGCUCCCUGGGGCAUCUCAAACUCCCUCUGACUUGGUGUCCAUGGAGCCUUAUUAUUGUCAGGUCUUCCAAGUCAGGGCCCCAGAAGAUGAGCUGUCUUUUGACCCAUUCCCUUUCCUGUGGAGGGUCUGGGGGCACUUUGGGACUUACUUUUGCUUUGCCUUUUGUGCUAAAAAAAAAACCCGGGAGGUUAAAAAGCUAUUCUCCAACUGUCCCAUUGUUGCUGAGGCUUUGGGGAAAUGAAAGGCAGCUGUGGAGUGGCUGGGAAAGGGGAGUUAAAGGGGUAGCCUUCAGGGUGACAACAGUGGUGGGCUUUUUUCCCAGCAGGACUACCUUGGCCCCUGCUGGGCCAAACAUCUUGCUCACCCAUCUCCACUGCCAUUGUUGAUAAGUUUAGGGUUUUGAUUAAUCAGAGCUGCUGAAUGACACUGAGAUAUGACUGGGUUCUCCUGGAAUCCUGCCUACAAAGUAUUCCAAAGCAGCAUUGGCAAAUCUACAGACCCCCCCCAUUCUGAGAAUCCAUGAGGCAAUGAACCCAGAAGAUUGGCAACAGGGGCCCUGAAGCCUCUACUAAGUCACGGGAUGAUAAACCGAGCCUUCUGUUAGGGGAACUAUUCCCAUCAUAGGACAGAUUUUUUUUAUAUAUCUCCUUUGCUCUAAUUUUAAUAUUUUUUCAUUUAUUAAAUACAUACUGACCUUACUACGUAAGAGGCUCUUUGUCAACUUCUAGGAAAAUACAAAGAUGAAUGAGCUAUCAUGUUUCCUAUCCACCAGGAACAUGUAGCCUAGUAGGUGUAUUGAAAUAUAUUUUAAUUUGAUAAAUGGAUUUUUAAAUUUAUAACCUAAAUCGUUUACUGUCUCCAUGGUAAAUUUUUGAAAGGUUAGUUUUCUAAACGUUUCUGUCAAUUUUGUUAAUGAAACUCUUAAAUGGUUUUUGAAAUGUAAUAAAUUAUCUGCAACUUUUAUAAGGGGUAGAGUUGAAGAGGUUUGAAGUACAGGGCUGUUAACAGAUUGUGAUUGUCUGUGUUCCUCAUGAAGUGCAUACAGAGGAAAGUGACCAGGAUAAAGAGGGAUAUGGAAAACAUGCCAUGUGAGAAUGGUUAAAGGACUUUGGGGUCUUUCUGAAGGACCAUCUAAAGGAAAAAAAUCAUAGUGGAUCUUCAAGUGGGCUAUCAUAUAAUGAGAAAAAUGAUUGAUUUUGGGGGGCCUGGAGAACAAAGCUAAAGAGCAAUGGGAGCAAUGGGUGUAAGUUUCAAAGCGACAGAAAAACUUCCCAACAAUGAGAGCUUUUGAGAAAUAAAACAGGCUGCCUUAGGAGGACAUGAAUUCCAGAGCAUUGAAGGUCUUUAGGCACAGAGGUAAGCUGUCCCCUUCAAAAGAUGCUAUCAAUAGGAUUCUUGCUUCAGGUUUGGGUUGGACUGCAUAACUUGUGAAUGACCUUCUAGCUGUUCCAUGAUUCUAUACCCAGCCUAAGGGCAGAAAGGUUUGUGGAUGGAAGGUGAGACACCAGCCAAUUAAUAUAUGGAGCUGCACAUCUGUAAAAAUUAUCUUUAUGUGAAUGUAAAGCACUUUGCAAACCAUAAAGAACUAUAUAAAUGCUAGCUAUUAUAAAAUGAAGACCUGACAUCCAUCAGUGAAGGAAAUACACAUUAAUGAAAUAUUAUCCAUGGAAAUAUUUCAUGCUGGCACCAUUUUAGGUGCCAGACACAUAGUGCUAAGUGUUUUACAAAAGCUCUCUCAUUUGACCCUUAUUUGGUAAAUGUUUAUUCAAUCCAGCUGUGUUUUCUCAUAUAAACUCCCUGAGGUCAGGGACCACUUUUGUUUUUAAAAUACCCAACAACUAAAAUAGCAUACAUGGGGUAUAGGGAGAGGGUCUGGCAUAGGGAACUCCUUAUGAGAAAAUACCUUCUAGCAGUACACAUUAGCACCUGUGUAUUGAUUAAGCCUGAAUGAUUCUUAUCCAAGUCCACCUUUAAGACGUCUUUAAAGAAUCUAUCCAAAACACUAAAUGCCAUCAUCUAGAUCUCACUCCUUAAUUACCCCCAGCUUCUUUUCUGCCCCCUUUUUCCUGAAUAAUAUCUACAGAAAUGGUAGUGCACAAAAAUUAUCAUUGGUAAUAUAUUAUAGCCUAUUUAAAUUCACCAUGCAUCUUUUCAUUAUCUUUUAGGGUACCUGGGAUUAAUUCUUUAGAGACCAUAGUAGUCUUUGAUUCACUACCAUAUGACUUUACCAAAAGAAUAUCAAUGUCAAAAAAAGAGAAAAGUUUUCACAUCAAAGACCAUUUUAGAAUCAUUAAAAAAGCACUGUGAAAUUCUCAUAUCCAGCCCAACCUGCUCUCAUCUUCCCUUGCAUUUCUGGAUCCAGCUCAGGGUCCAUAUGUAGUAUCUGACAUAUAUUCACAGACUUCCACUGUGACCACUUGAAAUCACCAAGUACCAGUAUAUAUAUUAGCAUGAUUGGAAGAAUUUUACUACCAUUAUCCUUUGCAUCAGGUGAUCGUGAUAAUCUGCAGUUCUCUUCAUAGUGGUCUCUGCUCAUCAUAAGCACUGCAAAAUGAGAUGACCAAGUGUCCUGGGAAAUGAUGACACUGGUUAAUGCUUUAGGGUACAUGAUGAAACCAGUUUCAACUCCUUUAUUUAUCUACCCAAGAGAAGUCUAUGAGUCAAUCCCCCGUUAAGUAGCCAAUUUCAUAUAUCUUCUGGUUUUAUUUAUAGUAAAAGUAUAAAUAUUGAUAUCUUUCAAGAGCUAGCAUUUAUAUAGCAUUGUACAGUUUGCAAAUGGCUUCAUAUUUGUUAUUUCCCAUAAUGUGUCUGAAUUAAGGAUAUCACUCACCACGAGUUAAAUUAAUGCUUCAAAAUGAUCUAAAACAUGUCAUCAUUCUGCCACCAUCAUUACAGAAAUGGAAGAAGGCCACAUAGAACCAAAGACCCAUUGGUUGUAUUUUUCUUGUUUUGUGGAUUGCUAUAACUAAAGAAUUCAUCACCUGGUGGCCAACCAGCUCUCAGCAAGCCUCUUAGACAAAUUUUCUCUUGAAUUCAGGUAGAAUCUACUCUUUCACUUCAGUGCUUCAUCUCAGUGGGCAGGUUCUUAGAGAACAUACCAGAAAUUCAUAAGUUCUGCUUGGAGUGGAAAAAACUAGAAGAAAUCACAAAGUAGAUGGGCAGAGGAGAAGGGACUUCUGAACUCCCAGAUAUUAUACCCCACACAUUUUCAAUUUAUUCACUCUGCUUUUAGUUCUAGACAACUUUUUUUUUUACUUAAAACAAUGUGUGUGAGGGAACUGAUGAUAUGAUUAUAAAAAUUUCAAAGGAAUCAUCAAACAAUAAGAUAUGUUACAUGCCGCAAUUCACAUCAUAAUAUGCUAAAUACUAAGCAAAAAUGAAUCAGCUCUGGCGCUAAAGUAAUUUAUAUUCUAUUGGGAAGAUAAUUUGUAUAUGUGUAAAAUACACAUAAAAUAAAGAAUUCAUACAUGUGUACACACCAAAUAAAUACAUCAUACUUAGAUCCAAUAGAAAUGGUUUUAUAAAAGAACUUAAUUUUGCUUAUUGAAAAUCUCAUCCUGGGGUCUUAACAUGGCCUGGCAUAUAGGAGAUAAUCAUUACUUGCUAAUUGAUCAUUUCUAAAUUCCAUUUCUAAAUGUGUUCUUAAAAAAGUAAUAGAAUCUUGGAAUUAGAAGGGAAUUUAGAGGUAUCUGACUCCAACUGACACCUAGCCAAAAAUUCCCCUGACAGCAACUCCUGCAAGUGGUCAUUUGGCUUCUGUUUAAACACACUAAUGAUGGGGGAGAAGGGAGCAUGACUAUCACCAAUAACAGUCCGCUUUUGAAUGGUACCAUUUGUUAAAAAGUUCUCCUGUGAAUUGUUUGUUAUUUAUAUGGAGCUGAAAUCUGCCUCUCUGUAUCUUCUACCCAUUCUUCUAACUUCUGCUCUCUGAAGCCAAGAAAAAUCAGCCUAAUACUACUUUUCAAUCACAGAGAAAAUGUGAUAUAGUACAAAGAGCAUCAGAUCUGGAGUCAAGAGACCCUGGGGCCAAAUAUAGGGCCUUCAACUUACUGUAUGUAUAGGACCCUGGGCCUCAGUUUCCUCAGCUAUAAAAGGCCCCUUCCAACUCUAAAUGCUUGAUCCCAUGACAGCAGUUUUAAAUAUUUGAUGACAGUGACUAUGUUCCCCUAAGCCUUCUCUUCUCCAGGCUAACUUAAGUUCCUUUAACCAUUCUUUGCCCCUGUCAUUCUCUCACUUAUCCAGGUAUUGUGGAGGACAUUAAAAAACACCCAUUAAGAGUUAGCAAUCUCCCUGGGGAGGUCAGAUAAACAUAUGUGAAAUGUCAAUUGUUAAUGAAUUUGUGGUUUAGUUGUUUUUCAGCUGUGUCUGGAUUUUUGGAACCCCAUUUGGAAUUUUCUUAGCAAAGAUACUGAAAUGGUUUGCUAUUUCCCUCUACAGCUAUUUUACAGAUAAGGAAACUGAGGCAAAUAAAAUUAAGUGACUUAGCAUCACACAGCUAAUAAAAAUCUGAGUCUGGAACUGAACUCAGGCAUUUCUGAUUCCAGGCCGCAUACUCUGUCCACUGUACCACCUAACUGCCUCAAUUGACAAAUACCUGAUGAGAGGCUGCAUGGUAUAGAGGGACUUAGAAUCAGGAAAGUCUAAGUUACACCCCUUCUCAGAUACUAAUUAGCUGUGUGAUCUUGGGCAAGUCACUUAGAUUCUCUCUCUAAUGUACAAAACAGAGGGGGUUGGACCCAUGGCCUCAAAGGUUCCUCCAGUUCUUAAAAAAAGAAAGAAUAAAUGUAAGUCCUCUUUAGCAAUUUUGAUGCCUUUGUGAGAGGAAAUCUUGUUACUUUCUCAUGAAAUCUUCCUUUCUCCUGAUCUUAAAAGAUAGUAUAGCCAAAGCUCAGAAAUUCAAAUUCUACUCAUUCCAAAUUAAUCAAAGUUCCCAUAAAAACUGGGAAUUGUGCCAAAAAUCAUCCUUACUAAGCAAAGCUUUUCUUAAUUUGUGAGGAAGAUUUCAGGAAUUAAAGCUUGAGCUAUUUGAAGGAAUAAACCUUCUCCAGCAUCCCCAAGCAUUUAGAAAUGUUCAUUUGCACACUAGUAAUUGACAUACUAAUUACAAAUCUAUUUUAUCCUCUCUGAUUCUUUCUCUGCUUAUUGAGUUUUUUUUAACCUCCUCUGCAUUGCUAUAUGAAUUGGAAAAUCUAUCACACUCCACCUUUUCUCUAAAGGAAAUUUAAUACACUCUCAAUCUCCAUUGCUCUAUAUCCACAUAGAAAAGCAGUUAAAUGCAGUGUCAAGAAUAUUAGAUUGGGAGUCAGGAAACCUGGAUUGUGUUUCCAAUUCAGUAGUAACUAAUCAGAGUUACCUUGGACAAGUGACAUGACCCUUCUGGGUUGCAGUUUCUUCAUCUAUAAAAUGAGUAGGUUGUAUCAAAUGAUCUUUAAAAUACUUUCCUAUCUUAACAAUCUGUGUGCCAACAUUUUUUGUUCUAAGGUCAUUUGCAGUCUCAAAAUUCUAUGUUCUGCUCUACCAUUUUGUGUUCUAAGAUUCCUUUCAUCUCAGAAAUUCCAAGAAAGCCAAAAGCUUAAUACAAAAUGACCUUUUAGAAAAGCGAGUUUUUGAAUAAAAUUCACUCUUAGACUAGGAGUCGGGAAGUCCAAGUUCUGGUCUUGAUCAGAUACUUACUGGAUGUAUGCUUAAGCAAGUUAGUUUCCCCUCUCUGCUCACUUUUCUCAUCUGCAAAGUGGGAAUAAAAAUAUCUGCCUUGUCUACCUCACAUAGCAGCUGUGAGGGACAAAUUAAAUAAUGGAUAUAGAAAUGCUUUGUAACUGGGAAACCGUUCCAUAAAUUUUGUAAUAUUGUCAUGGAAAGCUCUAAAGAAAUUGGACUCUUCCUACCUCACAGUAUUAUUGUGAGGAAAGAAAGAGCACUUGGUAAAAUUUUGAAAGUGAACUAGAGUUUGCUAGUAUUGUUAUUAUGAUGUCCCAUUCUAAUCUCAACAGUAACAGAGGAGACUGUCAACAUGGUUUCGGUUUCUGUUAUGAGUCCUAAUGAUUUUCUUGAGAGAGAGUGCAGGAUAGUGGGUAGACAGCCAGCCUUGGUAUAAAGAAGGUUCAAGUACUGCCCCGACAUGUACAAUCUCUGUGACCAUGGGCAAAGUCUAAGGGACUUCCUAGGGUCCUGGAAAACUGUCUAAGAAUAUAAAUUACAAACAAGUUGCUGAUCUGCAUUUGUGCAAGUAUUUUCCACAUCAGGAUUUCUCCCAUACUGAUGAAAUCACAAGUCUGUGUCAAAAAUGAUUUUCUUAGAUAAAUAUAAUUAGAUGGACUAAAUGACCUCUAAGGUCCCUUUCAAUUGUAACAUUCUAUGUUUAAGAAUCCUUCCAGCUUGAACACUCUUAUGUUUUAACGGUCUAUGUUCUAAAGUCCUUUCCAACUUGAAGAUUCUGCUAAGUCCUUAACUUCAAUAUUAUCCAUUUACUUUUCCCCUAAUAUUAGGGGAAGCAAAUCAGAGUGUGCUGGAUAGAUUAAAGAAAACAAAUCUGGAAAUGUAAUGUUGGUCAUGGACAAGCCACCAAUGAGAUAAUCAAAGCUUGACUAUAUGUACCUGGAGGAAGAAAAAAACUGAAACUAAUAUGCUGUGGAAUGUUCCUAUAUUUUAAUGCAUCUCUGGUUUGUCAGUGCUUAUAAAAUCUUGAAGCUAACAUUCCUGCCAUGUACAGACAAAUGUAUAUUCUCCCAAAUACAUUCUGUAGAUGCCACAAGCAUAAACACUAGAAUGAGAAAUUGUUGCAUGAUUUUAUGUCUGAAAAGCAGAUCUGAGCCCUCUGUGGGAAAGAGAUUUUUGAGAUUGGUCAUAUGUAGUCUGACUGGGCUAUGUGCCCAGUUGCCAUUUGAAGAAUUUAAGGCCCUAAAUUGUCAGUAUCAUCACCUAAGCUAUCCUGUAGCAACAGGAAUUGAUCUCGAUGGCAAGACUUCCACUAAGUGGGUUAACAGACUGAAGGACCAGAGGAUCCACAUUCCAUGAUGGCAUUUUGUCUGGGAAAUGGUCUUUUUAUGCUACCAGAAAUCUAUUAUUUCCCAAAUUAUAUGUGCAUAGCUACUUUCAUAGUAGGACCACAAAUCAUUCUCUUGUCUCCUUUCCAAUCCCUAGGCUCCUUUCCAUUUCCACCAUGUUUCACAGCCUCAAGGGGAUAUUAUGGUACCAUUUUACAGAUUUUUUAAAAAAAGUCAUUGAAAAGAUGAAGUGAUUAACAGAAGCCCACUAGAUAUGAAUUCCAAAUUCCUGAAGCCCAGUUACUCUCAGAUGACAUUGAAAAAAAAACAUUCUUUUGGAUUUGUAAAAUCUUAUAGCAACGACUAAGCCUCUGUAUGUAAUGAUUCCCUUUGAAAUAAUGAUUGUUCCAAAGGCACUGUAAUGUUUUUUUUAUAUAGAACAUUAGAUAAGGAGUCAAUAAGAUUUGAAUUUCAGUUCUGGCUCUACCAUUAAAUUCUUUAUGGAAUUAUGGUCAAGUCAUUUCAGCCCUCUGGGCCUGUUUCCUCAUCUGUAAAAUGUGAAAAUUUGACUAGAUAAUCACUAAUAUCCCUUUCAGCUCAUAUUGUCCUGCUACUAUGUUCCAAGACCCUUUCCAACUCCAACAUUCUACAAAUCAUAACUGUGUCUAUUCUUCAUGACAAAAAGUACAUGUAUCUCUCCUACCAACGAUGUUAGAAAUUCUGUGCAUGUCCUCACAAGAGAAACGAGCAUCCUUAUAGAUGCAUAAAAUAUUUGAACUUGAAGAUAACUUGGAGAUCUCCUAGUCCAUCCAGUGCACAUACUUAUAGAUUAAGAAACUGUGACUCAGAAAGGUAACAUAGCCUACCCAAAGUGACAAAUCUAGGAAGUAAGAGGGUUGUGAUAAGAACCCAAGUUUAGUACCAAUCUAUAUCCCUCAAAUAAUGAUGUUAUCAAUACCAUGGUGAUUUGCAUCAGCCUGGGUCUUAAAUUAUUGUUUCUUGGUCGUAGCUAAGAUUAGAUUGAGAAAUAGUGUAUUGGAGUUCUCCCAGCAGUGAAAUCGAUUACUCUCUGCACCAGCCAAGACUAGCAGCAUCGACGCUACAAAUGGAAUCCAGGACCAAGCAGGAUGGGAACAUUUUUAGUACUUAUAAGACUUUGAAGAACAAGUCAAGUGCGACGAAGUACGGUAGCAGUGGCUGAUUUCUUCACUGUCAAGCAUCUAGCACUUCUACUGUGAAUUCACAGCCUCUAUGCAAAUGAUACUGCAUAUCAGGCUGAUGAAUUAAAUAAAAGUGUUCCCCAACUAAGCAAGGAGUAUGACUAAAAUGUAUUCUAGGUCAGUUUUUAUAAAGGCCCACCUUGUUAUCUGUUCUCAAAAUGACUUUUUCAAAUGAUUUAUGACUGUGCCAGAGAAGAAAUGGUUAUAUAUGUAUUCAUGUUGCAUAAUCUCCUAUGAAGUUAGUGCCAAAAUGCAUGGUUUUCCACUUAGCAUACAAGCAUCAUGUAGACAGUAUUUUUCAUGUUCCUACCUACUCCUCAUAGUAAGUUGUAAAUUAGUUUCUAUAUUUUAAUUGAUUUCUUGUGAAAAUGGUUGCACUGUUCGGGAUUGUCUUUUCCAGCAGACCACUGCAUGCCAUUGGUGGAAUGCAUUUCUACAACCCUUGUGAACUGUCUUACCCAUAAUAACCUCUGAACUUUAACCCUAUGUGGGAAGCAUCUUUUGGUUUUGGUGAAGUAUUUUGUUACCUCAGUCUUGUAUUCAAGUUGCUGUAUUUUUUCAGCUUGUUACAUUGAUAAUGAUUGUUCCACUAAUUAAAUACUUUAAUGUAAAAAAAAAAAAA